CUGGGUGGAGUCCAAGACCAUCCAGUUACUCCAACACAUGCAUCUCCAAGCAAUGUGCAUUGGUAAAGAAUUCUCCUAACUCAGACUGGCAUUCAUUCUCAUGAUUUUCUAUUACGGGUAGGAAUGCUCGUCUGAUUUCUUACUACUCCUUGUUACGUUUGUGCCAUUCAACCAAGUCCUUGCUUCAUCGACUGACCUCAAGGUAUACAGUUUCCUGGUCAGCCAAUGAUAGCACACUUGGAUGCGUCUAAGCUCAAUUCUACGCAGCAAUGAUUUCGACAAUCACUGGCAUGCAGUAGAUGCCUGGCUCCACAAAGGUUGAGUUUCAAUGUUGUGUCACAGGUCAUGGUUUCAGUCAUCGCAUCACUCGAUUCCAGAGAGUAAUGUUUUCUUACCUCUAGUGACUGAAAUUCCUUCGGUUUCUUCGCUUCGCUGGUGUAAGCUCAUACUGAGCAGAAUUGUUUCCAUCUCUUCAUCACCUCAGGGUGCUACCAUAUAUCACGACAUUCUCUUCACAGUACUGACUGGUGUCGCACGCAAAUUUGUUUGGAAAGUCACUUUUCCUAGUGGAGAGGAAAAUUUGGUCAAACUAUGGUCAACCAUGCGCUCAUCCUGUCGUUCGUCCUUAGUGUCUUUUUCAGCUCAUUAUGUGGCCAGUAGGAAGAGUAGUCCAUAUGUUUGUCGAAUGGGAAUCCUAGGCCGUGUUUCUAACCUGACUUCGUCCUAACCAGAAGCUUUGUUUGGACGGAUCUGUAUCUAUGUCAACCGAAAGCUAAAACUGUCAACAUUGUGUCGUAUGUUCAUCGUGCGCUCAUAUUAGCGGAUCUUGUAUACUACGAUUUGGAAAGUUUUCUCGCCGUGUAGAUCCACAUAUUGCAGAUAGUAAUAUUUUCUCUUGUUGUGCAUUUUUAGAAGGCCAGCGGGUCUUAGUCUACCAGUGUGACAUCAAAAGCUAUCGCAUUGUACUGUGAGGAAUUCCUUUGUCAUUCUCCUCGGGCUUCAUCAGAUGCAGAUUCAUCUCAGUUCUUUCGCACAGAUCUUUGAAGUUCGUUCAUGUCUUUCUGUUGUGCGUCUCUGUGCUCGAUUUAUCCACGUAUGUAUGGGACCUCUCUAAUUUUCUAUUCACCUACUUCAUCAGUUUCUCAGGUUGAAAAGGUGCUCAAUAACGGCUCAAAUAUACAUCAUAGAAUCAUGAAAAUAGACUGGCAGGGGAAGGCAUGUGAUUAGCAGAGGAAAACCCCCUAGACUUCUUCUACUUUACUAGCACUACGAUUUCGUUGGUUUUAUUCUCUCUGAAAACAGAGAAUUCAGUGCGAAGGAUAGCUGGACUUCAGUGCAAUCCACCAAUCCAUUUUUCUGACACAAGGUUCAGAUCAAGAUAAAAAGCUGGAAGAGCCCCUGACUGCAUCCUCUGGUAUAGAAAAACGAAAAAUCUUGGAUCAAAUUCUGGUAUAGAAUUGGAGAUUACUGACCUUGCUACACUCACAUCCUCAAACCGCCUUCCUACACUGCUCUUCAGUGCGAGUCCUAAACUGGCCGUCUAUGGGUGUAUCUUCCGGGACUUGAAAAUCGGAGACAUGCAGACAUCCUUGAAAAUUCUAUGGCCUCCUAGAAAGAAUCGGUCACAUGACAUAAACUGAGAUAUCUUCAGUGCAGUUUGUGGAGAGGGUAACAGCUACACAGAAGGUGUUGCCCUUCACUCGUCGUCACAUUCCUCAUCGUGUGCAGCUGAUGGCUGACUGGGAUCCAGAGAUGGGUCCCAGUCAGCCAUAUGCUGUCGAAACUGCUGUAUGAUGCAAGUGACAGAGCAUAUUCGGCCAUAAAUGAAGGAAGUUAAAAUACGCCUUCAUGCUCCUCAAACUUCUCAGUAUUCUAGGUCUCCAUAUCCAG